CUUUUUCCUACCUCCAAAUAAUCCAAUUAUAGUUUGGAUUGGUUAGGCAUCUUUAUUCACACCACACAUACACAUACACUCUCUCUCUCUCUCUCUCUGCUCCUUUGAGAAUUGAGGCUCCUCUGCUUCAGUUCACUAAGAAGAAGAACUGAUAGGUUUAUUAAAUCAGGUUCCUUUUUCCAAUUCGAGAUUUUUAGUCACUUGGCAAUUAUGGAUCAUGGUGGUUACACUGCUGAAGUUACAAGCUUAUCCCCAAGAGCUACAGAGAACGAUGUGCGCAAUUUUUUUGCAUACUGUGGUGUAAUUGAGCAUGUUGAUGUGAUAAGAUUUGGUGAAGAUGAUUCUACCGCAUAUGUGACUUUUAGGGAUGCUUAUGCUCUGGAAACUGCAUUAUUGCUCAAUGGAUCCAUGAUUUUGGACCAAGGCGUAUCCAUUUCACGCUGGGGCUCUUACAUAGAUGAAUGCAAUAAUUGGAACAGUCAUGAAUCACAGCCUGAAUACAGUAUUACAACCUCACAAGAUGUUCACAUGGAUAAGUUUGUUUCUUCCCCUGGAGAAGCAUUAACUAUGGCCCAAGAAGUUGUCAAAACAAUGGUAGCUAAGGGAUACGUGUUGGGAAAAGAUGCAUUUGUCAUGGCAAAAGCUUUUGAUGAAUCUCGCAAUGUAUCAUCUGCAGCAGUAGCCAAGGUUGCAGAACUCAGUACCAAAAUUGGGUUGACUGAUACCAUUAACUCCAGCAUCGAAACUUUUAAAUAUGUGGAUGAGAAGUAUCAUGUUAGCCAGAUCACUAAAUCCGCUGCGACGGUGACGGGGACAGCAGCUAUAGUUGUGGCAACAGUUACUGGGAGAGCAGCUGCGGCGGCUGGUAGUGCAAUCGUCAAUAGCAGCUACUUUGCAAAAGGAGCUCACAUGGCUUCAGAUAUGUUAUCUCGCGCAGCCAAAGCGGCAGCUAAUUUGGGUCAGCAUGAAAAUAAAUGAAACUCCAAACUUACAACUGCUCUCUACUAUGUUCUGUUGUUGUUCACAAAAAAAUAGAAGUAAUUGUUUGUUGAUACUGUAAUGGAAUGUGGCUACUCAUCUGGUGCUAAUGUUCAUAUCAUUAGUUUUGAGGGAUCCAUGGUAAGCAGCCACUUCUUUUAUCCCUUUUAGAAAUUAGAGCACUUGGUAGAGUUUGCAGUUGUAAGUGUUAAGCGCAUGUUUGGACUCCAUUUACAAUUGAUUCUAAAAUCAAAAUCAAUUAUGAGCAGAAGCUCCUAUGAAUA